AAAUUGUUCAGUCCCUGAACCUGGAUGCCAUCGCUGUCUCCUUGCAAUUGCCGAUAGCCAUGAUCUCGGCACGCCUCUUGUUCUCAACGCGUUCAGUAUGGCAGCCACACAUGAUAAGAAAGCAAACCAAUGCCUACUAGUUGCCACUAUAGGCUCCAGCACACACCAAACAUUUGGCCCCAUCACAAUCUUAUCCAAAUUAAUCAUACUGCAACACUGCAUGUGCGGAUCCCAUGGCCUUGUUGAUUGCUAACUCUUAAUAACAACUACACUUCACCGUCUCGAUGUCCUUCCCCUCUCCUAUAUAUUCAGCAAGCAGCUGGUUCGACACCAUCACUUCAUCAGCUCAUCAACCAAGGGAGCAUUAGAGCAUCCAUAGCACACUUCUUCAGAUUUCCAGCUAAAAACACAAAGACCGAGAACCAACCAUGGCCGGUGCCAAGAGACUUGCUCAACUAGCAAAGAAGUGGCAGAGGGUGGAAGCACUUGGGAGGAAGAGGCUCACGGUGACAGCCAAAGAAGAUGAAGAAUGCUGCACUUCUGUACCAGCCAAGGGCCACUGCAUCAUGUACACGGCUGAUGGGAGGCGCUUCGAGGUCCCGUUGGUGUACCUCAGCACGACAGUCUUUGGCGAGCUCCUGAGGAUGUCUCAGGAAGAGUUUGGCUUUGCAAGCGAUGGCAAGAUUACACUCCCUUGUGAUGCCGCAGUGAUGGAGUAUGCAAUGUGCUUGCUCAGAAAAAAUGCCUCUGCCGAGGUUGAGAAGGCGUUGCUGAGCUCUAUGGUGACUUCAUGCCACUACAUUGGUUGUGCGAUGCCUACUGUUGGAGCCAGCCAGCAAAUUUGCUGUUUAUAACCCUGAAGUAGUUUCCUGCAGAGUAUAAGAUAGUUAGGUAUCAUACAAUAGAAGGAAAAUUGCAUGUAAUGCAAUAUGAUAUUGAAAGCAAUGAAGCAUUCCUGCCAACCAGCUGUGGCAGCUAUUAUUCUCUUA